AAGCAGAUCGCCCGACAGCGCCACAACGGACAAGCCAUAGCAUUGUUCAUCACUGCUCUCGGCUGCCCACUCUCUUGCCCAUAAUGUCGAAGGCAUCGCAGCCAGAGUUGAAAAAGUUCAUGGACAAAAAAUUGUUCGUCCAUCUUCAAGGCGGGCGGAGAGUUAGCGGAACUUUACGCGGCUAUGACUUGUUCUUGAACUUGGUCCUGGAUGAUGCUCUGGAGGAGACGAGCCCCGCACAAAAGCACCCUCUCGGGACAGUGGUAAUCCGAGGGAAUAGCGUCACUUCGAUGGAAACGAUGGAAGCGGUGCGGUAGAGAAGCUUCCUGUCUGUAUCUUUGCAAGUUCUCUGGGGUUGAUGCCCGUGCGUCGUCGUGCUCUCUGUAAUACCAAGAUAUCUCGCCAAAAUGCUAUGUUCUUUUCCAUGUACCCCCGGCUUGCGAUGUCAGUAAAGGGUGGUGACCUUGGUGAGCCUCUGAUGUAACCCUGAAGACGCGUUGCCGGGCGAGAACACAAGAUACUGAACUCCGAUCGCACACUGCCCAACUGAUCAAGC